GCAUCGUGCUCGACCUAUUCUUUCCCUCUUAUCACCACCAGGUCGAGAUUCCAUCUACUUCCGGUCGGUCGCAUCCCACUCCAAUUGUCCGUCCCACCCGCGAAGCUUGCCGACCUCCGCUUUCUAAACCCACUCCAUUUCACUCAUUCGUGCAUUUCAAGAACCCGACUAACAUGUGAGGAUUGACUAGGUCGCUCCCAGUCGGAUUUGUCGACUCCACCGUCCAGCUCUACUGACCUCUCCCUCGAAGGCCUGCGUUGGCCGCCAUCGAGUUGGUGCUUGGAUUUCCGGCCGGUCCGAUGCUGACGGUCAGCCGCUCGUAAUAGUUGGGGGAAUACGUCAGUGCUCAGAUGGACAGCUACGAUGGUAAAGGGGAGGAUGGCUUGGAACGAGCUUCGAGCGAAGUUCCUCCUCUCCCCAGUUCCGAGGAGGUGAACCAGAAAUCCACCAAGCGCGCGCGAUGGGCCACCACGAGAAAGAACACCACGGCCGGCCUGCGCAAACGGGUCUCUAUCCUUGAACGCGGUCGUCGACAGAAUCAUGCCGAUGCCAUGGCGAGUGCAACAGCUGGUGUGCCCCAAGUCGCCGAGGGAGAAUCGGCCUCGCGCAAAGUGCAUUUCAACCUUCCUAUUCCGGACGAGGAGCGGGACGAGGAAGGCAAUCUCAAGGCCGUUUAUCCUCGAAACAAGAUCCGCACUGCGAUCUAUACGCCUAUUACCUUUAUUCCCAAGAAUUUGUGGCUGCAAUUUCACAACAUUGCCAACCUAUACUUCUUGUUCGUCAUUAUUCUGCAGUGUUUUGAAAUUUUCGGCGACGCCGAUCCCGGUCUGAGUGCCGUGCCGCUGAUCGUCAUCGUUGUCGUCACCGCCGUCAAGGAUGCGAUCGAGGAUUGGCGACGAACUGUGUCCGACAACGAACUCAACAACUCUCCGGUCUACCGCCUGACAGAUUGGGAUAACGUCAAUGCGACCGCUGACAAUGUAUCCCUGUGGCGAAGGUUUAAGAAGGCUUGCACUCGUGGGGUCAUUGCCAGCUAUCGGGGCAUGAAGCGCCUCUUUCGCAAGAACGGAAACGACAAAGAUGUGGCGGGAGAUGUCGAGAUGGCGGAUGCCAGGCCCUCCAUCGAGCCGACCUCUCCAAUCGCGAUCGAGAUGACGGCAGUUUCUCCUACGAUGGAGGCCCGUGCUUCUGGUGACUGGCCGGGCCCUUCGCACGACCACGAUCAGCAGGCGAAUUCGCCGUGGGCACGGACCAAGGGUAGUGUCUUGAAUCCCAACCGGGUCACUUCGGGCAAGGCGCGCUUCAAACGGCAACACUGGAAGGAUGUCAACGUGGGCGAUUUCGUGCGACUGUACAAUGGGGACCAGAUCCCCGCCGACAUUGCCAUUCUUUCGACCUCGGACCCCGACGGAGCUUGUUAUGUCGAGACCAAGAAUUUGGACGGUGAGACCAACCUGAAGGUGCGCAACGCCUUGAAUUGCGGUCGGGUAUUGCGGAAUGCCCGAGACUGCGAGAAAGCCGAGUUCACCAUCGAAUCGCCCCCCGCCCAUGCCAAUCUGUAUUCGUUCAGCGGUGCUAUCUACUGGGAUCAGCAUGAUGAGUCGGGAGGGGCCCCACAGAAUCGCGUCGAGCCUAUCACCAUCAACAACAUCUUGCUUCGUGGCUGUAGCCUGCAAAACACCGAGUGGGCGUUGGGCGUCGUGCUCUUCACCGGACCAGAAACGAAGAUCAUGCUAAACCAGGGCCUGACACCAACCAAACGUCCACAAAUGGCACGCAACAUGAACUGGAACGUGGUCUACAACUUCACCAUUCUGUUCAUCAUGUGUGUGAUCUCAGGGUUCAUCAACGGAUUUGCCUGGGGCUUGGACGAUGCCUCACUGACAUUCUUCGAUUACGGCUCAUACGGCGGCUCACCAGCAGUUCAAGGUGUGAUCGCCUUUUUCGUAGGCGUGGUCCUCUUCCAGAACUUGGUCCCCAUCGCCUUGUAUAUUUCCUUGGAAAUCUGCCGUGUCAUCCAGGCCCUUUACAUUUAUUACGACAUCUAUAUGUACUAUGAUCGGUUGAACAUGUCUUGUGUACCCCGGUCUUGGAAUAUUUCUGAUGACAUUGGUCAAAUCGAGUAUAUCUUUUCCGACAAGACCGGUACCCUGACGCAGAAUGUCAUGGAGUUCAAAAAGUGUACAGUCAACGGAGUGCCUUAUGGGGAAGCAUACACGGAAGCGCAAUUGGGCAUGCAGCGAAGGCAGGGUUUGGUGAAUGUGGAGGAAGAAGCUGCCAAGGCUCGUCAACGGAUCAGCGAAGCUCGGGUGGAAAUGCUCCAGCAACUGCGCCAGCUCCAUGAUAACCCGUACCUCAAGGACGAGAAUUUGACUUUCGUGGCUCCUCAAUUCGCAGCGGAUCUGGGCGGUGCCUCGGGUGAGGCCCAGCAGCAAGCUACGAUUGACUUCAUGACCGCACUGGCACUCUGUCACACGGUGGUUACGGAACGUAUUCCUGGCGAUCCGCCCCAGAUUGAGUUCAAAGCGCAAUCUCCCGACGAGGCUGCUCUGGUUGCCACGGCUCGCGACUGUGGGUUCACCACUCUUGGCCGAUCGGGUGAAAGCUUGAUCGUGAACAUCAUGGGCGAAGAGCGUAGGUAUACUAUCCUGAACAUUCUUGAAUUCAAUUCCACGCGUAAACGAAUGAGUGUGAUCGUCCAGAUGCCGGAUGGCACCAUUCGUUUGCUAUGUAAAGGAGCCGAUACCAUAAUCUACUCCCGCCUUGCUCCCGGUCAACAGCGUGAGUUACGUGACGCCACCUCGAGGGAUCUCGAAACAUUCGCCCAAGAAGGUCUGCGAGUGCUUUGCAUUGCGGAGCGCACCAUCGAGCCUGAAGAGUAUCGCGAGUGGAGUGUCAUGCACGACGCCGCUGCAGCUGCUAUCGUCGACCGCGAGGAGAAAUUGGAAGAAGUGUCGAGUGCCAUCGAGCAAAAUCUGAUGCUACUUGGUGGUACAGCCAUCGAAGAUCGCCUGCAGGACGGGGUCCCAGAUACUAUCUCCCUCCUUGCCGACGCAGGUAUCAAGCUCUGGGUUUUGACCGGUGACAAGAUUGAAACCGCGAUCAACAUUGGGUACUCCUGCAACCUCCUGAACAAUGACAUGGAAAUCAUGGUGUUUGAUGCUCCUUCCGACAUCGACAUGGCCGCCAAGUUGCUCGAUAGCAAGCUGGGGAUCUUCGGUAUUACAGGCUCGGAUGAAGAACUGGAGGCCGCUCGCAAGGAUCACUCGCCGCCACCACAGACUCACGCUCUCGUGCUGGACGGCGAUACCCUCCGGUUUAUGUUGGACGAGGCCUUGCGGCAGAAGUUCUUGCUUCUUUGUCGGAAGUGUAAAUCAGUGCUCUGUUGCCGUGUUAGCCCGGCGCAGAAGGCUGCUGUGGUGCAAAUGGUCAAGGAAGGCUUGAACGUGAUGGCUCUGGCUAUUGGCGACGGCGCAAAUGAUGUCUCUAUGAUCCAAAAGGCUGACGUAGGAGUGGGGAUUGCUGGCGAGGAGGGUCGCCAGGCUGUCAUGUCGGCCGACUACGCGAUCGGGCAAUUCCGAUUCCUGCAGCGCUUGAUUUUGGUCCAUGGACGAUGGGCGUAUCGCCGUCUCGGUGAGACCACUGCCAACUUCUUCUACAAGAACUUGGUCUGGACUUUCUGUCUGUUCUGGUAUUCUAUCUACGAUAACUUCGACGGCACUUAUCUCUUCGAAUAUACCUAUAUCACCUUGGUCAACGUGGCAUUUACGUCGUUGCCAGUGAUUUUUAUGGGCAUCUUCGACCAAGACGUCGACGAUCGGGUCUCUAUGGCAGUCCCACAACUUUACAUGCGCGGCAUCGAGCGGAAGGAGUGGACGCAGUUGAAGUUCUGGAUCUACAUGCUUGACGGUUUCUAUCAGUCGAUCAUCUGUUUCUUCAUGCCGUAUAUGCUGUAUCAAUAUGCCAAUUUCCAAACAGACAACGGAUUGAGCAUUGAUGACAUCUAUCGUGUGGGUGUUCUUGUGGCCACCUGUGCUGUGGUAACAAGCAAUACCUACGUGAUGAUGAACAUGUACCGGUGGGACUGGUUCUCGACGUUGAUCAACGCUAUCAGUUCGCUAUUGAUCUUCUUCUGGACUGGUGUCUAUUCGUCAUUCCAAUCCUCCGCAACGUUCUACGGUGCUGCAAAGCAAGUUUAUGGAGCGUUGUCCUUCUGGGUCGUGUUUCUGGUGACCGUGGUGAUCUGCUUGACUCCGCGCUUCGUCUGCAAAUGCAUCCAGAAGGUCUACUUCCCCAUGGACGUGGACAUUAUCCGAGAAAAAGUGACUCUCGGCCACUACGAUUAUCUAAAGAAAUUCGAAGCCUACGUGCCUCCGGAUGCCGGCAAGCUCGCGGGCUCGUUCGGGAGCGAAGCGUCUGCCACGGCGUCGGAGCCUGGGACUGCCCAUCAUCAAGCUACUAGCACGCGCGACUAUCCCGGACCUAACAGCCUCGAUCGCACUGCGAAUUCCACGCCUGUGGCUCCUCUCGUGGAUCGCCAGGGCGAGCCGAACCGGCUUGAUAGCCAAUUUACGAGCGCCAACAGCAGUGUUGCCUUUGGCCUCCAACGGCAGACCUCAUGGGAUAGCGCGAGUCGGGAGCAAUCGCUUUCCGGUCCAGUUCUGCCGGUCGACUCAACAAGCAUGGAGCCUCAAACGCCGCACAGCCCUCUAAAAAGUCGAAAUGAUCCCCCUUCGACAUACCCAGUAUAGAACGCGUUGCUUUAUUUCCUCGCUAUAUUCUUUCAUCUCUCGCACAAUUUCCCAUGGGCACCGGACCUACGCCCUUGAUAAAUCUUACGCGAUACGCACAAAAGCUCUUCAGCCACUGUGACUUAACUUUCUUAUAUCCCCUGAUCUUUAUUCCUACGAUUUUUUCGUCAUUUAAUGUCUGAUCGAGCGCGACCUGUUCUGCGCUGCUGUUGAUACUGACUUGGUUGAUAUAUCGCCUCGCACAUAUUUAGUUAAUGUAACAUAGAGCUAUACCUUCAAUAGGACUUGCACU